AUGUCAAUCCGUCAAUGGAAAGCCGCCAUCUGCCAGGCUGAGCCAUGCUGGUUCGACAAAGUCGCCGGUGUCAAAAAGACAAUCCAGCUCAUCAACGAAGCCAGCCAGAACGGAGCUUCUCUCAUAGCGUUCUCGGAGGUCUGGCUACCCGGCUAUCCCAACUUCCUAUGGUCCGGAACCUACAGGGAGAACAUGCCUUUGGUGCAGAAGUACAUGCAAAACAGCAUAUCUGCCUAUGGGGAUGAGAUGCUCGAGAUCCGCCAAGCUACGGCAGCUGCUAACAUCUAUGUAUGUUUUGGGUUCAGUGAGCGGGUCGGGGCUUCGUUGUAUCUUGCUCAGGUCCUCAUUGGUCCCGAUGGUAACAUUCUUCUUCAUCGUCGCAAGACAAAGCCCACGCAUGUUGAGAGGACUAUCUUUGGAGAUUCCACUGGAGAUUCUCUUACUACCGUGGUGCACACUCCCUUGGGGAAGAUUGGCAUGUUGAAUUGCUGGGAGCACCUUCAGCCACUACUCAAGUAUCAUACCUACUGCCAAGGUGAACAGGUUCAUAUCGCUGCCUGGCCAUUCAACGCAAAAUGGACUGAAUCGGCUGUUGAGCCCUACUCAGUAUUCUCAGAGGCCAACGAGGUAACAGCCAGUCGCAUGUAUGCACUCGAGGGCGCUGUCUACGUCCUUGUGACCAACCAGCCGCUGUCCGCCGAAGGCGCCAAACUGAACAGUGAGGGUCAAGGAAACGCUGACAAGGACGGUUUUAUGCUCGCCGGUGGUGGUGGUGCUGCAGCUGUCUUUGGCCCAGAUGGUCGACAGCUCACGGAGCCUACUGAUCCUCUAUUCGAUGGCCUAAUUUACUGCGACAUUGAUUUAGACAAGAUUGACUACGCAACUUUGACUGACUGUGUGGGCCACUACUCACGACCUGAUCUGCUGCGUCUGGUUGUUGAUGAUCAGCCGAAGAACUAUGUCGUUCGCGUAUCUGAUGGUCCGACGAAUACUCCUUAUCACACUGGUACCAGCGGCGAGACGUUGCUUUCUGCUCAUGAGAAGUUGGAUGAGCUUCUUGCUAAGAAAGCGAAGAAAGAGGCGACAAGCUGA